AUGACAAAUACACUGGUACACGAGUUGCUGUUGUUGUUUAUGUGCCUGGGACUCGUACAAUGUGUAACAGAUGCAAAAGUUGAUAUAGCACUUACUAGAGGAUGGAUAGGGAACAUCCAAGUGUAUUUUCUGCUGUCAUCAAACACGCCUUUAAAUGGGUGGAAUAUCCGUCUUACAUUCUCAAGGCCAGUCGCUAUUAGCGAGGUAAACUUAUACAACGCAGUUCGAGUUUGUUCGAAUGAUGUAGGAACAGUAUAUAUUAUCAAGAACGAAAUAUACAACGCAGAUGGUAUCUGUAUACAGUUUGCUGAUUCUACGACAAAUUGUGGAUUCUUAGCGACCUACACUACAUCUGAAGUUCCUAUAUUCACGGCUGAGUUGGUGGAUGAUAUGCACUCUUGUUCUGAGGUUCAAACCAAAACUGUUCAAGCCACCUCCAAAAGUGAGCCACUAACCGUUUUCUCAGCGGUCACAUUUCAAUCCGAGGUUGUUCCAUCGACCACCACCCAAUCUAUCAUUGAUUCAGUGACUACCACACAAUAUACCAAUGGUCCAUCGACAACCAUUAACUCUACCGUUGGUCCAUCGACCACCACUCAAUCAACCGUUGAUCCAUCGGCCACUACUCAACCUCCUAUUGAUUCAACGACCACCACUCAAUCUACCAUCGAUUCAACGACCAAUACUCAAUCAACCGUUGAUCCAUCGACCACCACUCAAUCUACCAUUGAUCCAUCGACCCCCACUCAAUCCCCCGUUGAUCCAUCAAGCACUACUCAAUCUAUCAUUGAUUCAACGACAACCACUCAAACUACCAUUGAUCCACUAACCACUUCUCAAUCUACCAUUGAUCCAUUGACCACUACUCAAUCUCCCGUUGAUCCAUCAACCACUACUCAAUCUCCUAUUGAUUCAACGACCACCACUCAAUCUAUCAUUGAUCCAUUGUCCACCAUUCAAUCUACCAUUGAUCCAUUGGCCACCACUCAAUCUACCAUUGAUUCAACGACAACUACUCAAAGUACCAUUGAUCCACUGACCACCACUCAAUCUAUCAUUGAUUCAUCGACCACUACUCAAACUACCAUUGAUCCACUGACCACCACUCAAUCUAUCAUUGAUCCAUCAACCACCACUCAAUCUACCAUUGAUCCAUCAACCACCACUCAAUCUAUCAUUGACGCAAUGGCCACCACUCAAUUUACCAUUGAUCCAUUGGCCACAACUCAAUCUAUCAUUGACGCAAUGGCCACCACUCAAUUUACCAUCUAUUCAUCGACCACCACUCAAUCUACCAUUGAUCCAUCGACCACUACUCAACCAACUGUUAAUCCAUGGACCACUACUCAAUCUCCUAUUGAUCCAUCAACCACCACUCAAUCUAUCAUUGACGCAAUGGCCACCACUCAAUUUACCAAUGAUUCAACGAGCAACGCUCAACCUAGCAUUGAUUCAAUGACCAAUGCUCAAUCUACUGUUGAUCCAACGACCAGCACUCAAUCACCCAUCGAUCUAAUGACCACAAGCCAAUCUAUAAUUUCAAAUUAUGCAGAACCAUCUAUGAUUGUUCCAGAAGAAUCAAGGAAUAACACCUUAUUAACACCGGAGACAAGCUCUAAUUCAAUAGAAAAUCAUAAGAGACGUCUUACUGCUGAUGAAAUACUGAAUGGCAUAUUCUUUCAUACCAUGGCCUCAACCCCGUCAACAACAAUUUUUACCAAGGAGCCGGAAGUCAUGUUCCUUGCCACAGAUGCAGCAUCUUUGACAAUAGGAGGAUUUGCUAUAAUCAUUCUAAUCUCUUUUAUGGUGUUCAUAGUGUUUUUGGACCUUUCUACCCUUUGCAUGAGGAGGAAUUCAAAUGCAUGGAAGAGAAAACUGCAAUAUACAAAGAAAAGUGAUAUCAAAUCGUAA